GCCGCUGCCGCGGGGCCUGGGCACGGCUGAGGAGGGGGCCGGUGGGUUCGGAGCCGCUGCCGCGGGGCUUGGGCACGGCUGAGGGGACGCAGGGUUUGGUGUCUGAGGCCAUCCACUGCCGUGUGUGUCUGCUGCUGGGCUGCGGGACCCGGAGACAUCGCCCGCGGCUCCGCUUUCCCCCGCAGCCAGGCCGCGGAGAGGGGGGUGCAGCGAGUGGCACGCUCGGGCAUGAAGCCGAGUCCUCUCUUGGAAGCGGCCCAGGGCUGGGAUUGUGAGCGAGCGAGGGUUUGCCGUAAGCCAUGGCCGCGGCCCCACCAGCAGCUGCAAUGUGUGCAGGGAGUAAAAGCCCCAGAGCACUGGCGAGAGCGCAGCAGCCGUGGGUUUCACGGUGUCUUCCUCGGUUCUCAUCUGCCUUGGCCAAAUUCACCUACUCGGGAACUGCUUCCCAAAGUGGGAGUAAGCUCUGAUGUACCUGGAGCUGCUGGCCAGAAAGAUUGAUUGUAGCUAGCACAAGUAGGAGGACAACCAUGAUUCCUCUGGGAGCACCUCAGAACGUCAUGUUGAUGUAUAUAGCAAGGCAAUCCUGCUUAAAGUCCUUCUCCAGCGUGAUGUUGCCUAAUCCUUCAGCUCCUCAAGAUGAAGUUUGGAGGGAGUGAGAAUGAAAAUGAAAGACAUUUAUGCCAGAAGAGGAGCCAAAAGAGGAAGCAGCACCAGCCAAGCCUGUGGUAGGAAUUAUUUACCCACCUCCAGAGGUCAGGAAUAUCGUGGACAAGACUGCCAGCUUCGUAGCCAGAAAUGGUCCAGAAUUUGAAGCUCGAAUUCGUCAGAAUGAAAUAAACAACCCCAAGUUCAAUUUCUUGAAUCCCAAUGAUCCCUACCAUGCCUACUACCGGCACAAGGUCAGCGAGUUCAAAGAGGGCAAAGCACAGGAGCCCUCGGCUGCGAUUCCCAAGGUUAUGCAGCAGCAGCAAAGUGCUCAGCAGCAGCUUCCCCAGAAGGUGCAAGCCCAGGUGAUCCAGGAGACGGUUGUUCCGAAAGAGCCACCCCCAGAGUUUGAGUUCAUUGCAGAUCCUCCCUCCAUCUCAGCCUUUGACUUGGAUGUGGUGAAGCUCACAGCCCAGUUCGUGGCUCGCAACGGGCGGCAGUUCUUGACUCAGCUGAUGCAGAAGGAGCAGAGGAACUACCAGUUUGACUUCCUUCGCCCCCAGCACAGUCUCUUUAACUACUUCACUAAGCUGGUUGAGCAGUACACAAAGAUCUUGAUCCCACCUAAAGGCUUACUGCUCAAACUGAAGAAAGAGGCUGAAAAUCCCAAGGAAGUCCUUGAUCAGGUGUACUACAGAGUGGAGUGGGCCAAGUUCCAGGAACGAGAGAGAAAGAAGGAAGAGGAGGAGAAGGAAAAGGAGCGUGUUGCUUAUGCCCAGAUUGAUUGGCACGACUUUGUGGUCGUGGAAACGGUCGACUUUCAGCCCAACGAGCAAGGGAAUUUCCCACCUCCCACCACUCCAGAAGAGCUGGGAGCUCGAAUCCUGAUCCAGGAACGUUAUGAGAAGUUUGGGGAAAGUGAGGAGGUAGAGAUGGAAGUAGAGUCAGAUGAGGAAGAUGAAAAGCAAGAGAAAACAGACGAGCCCCCAGCCCAGCUGGAUCAAGACACACAAGUGCAGGAUAUGGAUGAGGGCUCAGAUGAUGAAGAUGAAGGCCAGAAGGUUCCUCCUCCUCCAGAAACCCCGAUGCCACCACCUCUUCCUCCCACGCCAGAUCAGGUCAUUGUGCGGAAGGAUUAUGAUCCCAAAGCCUCAAAACCAUUACCACCCGCCCCGGCUCCAGAUGAGUAUCUUGUUUCUCCCAUCACUGGAGAGAAGAUUCCUGCCAGUAAAAUGCAAGAGCACAUGAGGAUUGGGCUCCUGGAUCCUCGAUGGUUGGAGCAGCGUGAUCGAUCCAUCCGUGAAAAGCAGAGUGAUGACGAGGUCUAUGCCCCAGGUUUGGAUAUUGAAAGCAGCCUGAAGCAGCUGGCAGAGCGCCGUACCGAUAUCUUUGGUGUAGAAGAGACUGCCAUUGGUAAAAAGAUUGGCGAAGAAGAAAUCCAGAAACCAGAGGAAAAGGUGACCUGGGAUGGCCACUCAGGCAGCAUGGCCCGCACACAACAGGCUGCUCAGGCCAAUAUUACUCUCCAAGAGCAAAUUGAAGCUAUCCAUAAGGCCAAGGGACUGGUGCCAGAAGAUGACAGCAAGGAGAAGAUUGGUCCCAGCAAACCCAAUGAAAUGCCCCAGCCACCCCCUCCUUCAUCAGCAUCAAAUCCCCCAGCUAGUGCUCAGCCUAUCACAUCCGUGCCUCGGCCACCCACAAUGCCCCCUCCCGUCCGUGCUGCUGUUGUUUCUGCUGUUCCAGUCAUGCCUCGUCCCCCGAUGACUCCUGUGGUCCGUUUGCCUCCGGGCUCUGUCAUAGCCACCCCCAUGCCCCCCAUCAUCCACACGCCACGGAUCAACGUGGUGCCCAUGCCCCCCUCUGCUCCGCCCAUCAUGAGCCCCCGCCCGCCUCCCAUGAUAGUCCCAACAGCCUUCGUUCCUGCACCGCCGGUGGCUCCCGUCCCUUCCCCAGCGCCGAUGCCCCCUGUGCACCCCCCACCCCCGAUGGAGGAUGAGCCAGUCUCCAAGAAACUGAAGAGUGAGGACAGCCUGAUUCCAGAGGAGGAGUUCCUGCGCAGGAACAAGGGUCCAGUCACGGUCAAAGUCCAGGUUCCCAACAUGCAGGACAAGACAGAAUGGAAACUGAACGGCCAAGUGUUGGUGUUCACCCUGCCCCUCUCCGACCAGGUGUCUGUUAUAAAGGUUAAGAUCCACGAGGCCACGGGGAUGCCAGCAGGGAAGCAGAAGCUGCAGUAUGAGGGCAUCUUCAUCAAGGAUUCCAACUCCCUGGCUUAUUACAACAUGACGAGCGGCUCUCUGAUUCACCUGGCGCUCAAAGAAAGAGGAGGCAGGAAGAAAUAGAAGCCUGGAGCCUUACUACUUGUGUAACCCCAACCCUUUGAGUCCUCCAACCUCCUGCAGCAGCCUGCCAGCUCUAGUUUGAAAAGAGACUGUGACCCCUGUGUUUGUGUGGCUGGUGAAAGAGGGGAGGUGGUUAGAGCCCCAAGAUGUGUAAAUGUAGUGACCUAGUUUGUGACUGCAGCAGUCAGUCAGUGACUGGUGCUUUGAGUGCUGGGUCUUGCCUGAGUUCUGUCUAGAAAUAACAUCGAGGUUGUGCCCAGCUUAGUCCAGAUGCAUCUUUGAGGGAUUUACACUGAACAUCAUCAGUGCUUGCUGCUUCUUCUGAUCUUCUUCUAAUGGAAACUACUUCUCAAUGUAGUAUUAAGCUCCUUGUUCUUGCUGUGUCUUGCAUCUAUCUGCAAGAGCCUCUUGCCCUGACCUUGAAUUGCAAGUUUAUCCUCCCUCAGCAUGAGUGUGUGCAGCUACUCCCCUGAUAAAGGCCGUGAGGGUCUGUGUGUGUGAACAGCUUCAUGCCUCCUCUGCACAGCCUGGGAUUUGUUUGAAUAAACACCCGUCCCGGUG